GCCUCAGCCUAUCUCUUCCUGCUGCAGAAGCUGAGGCAGGAGUCAGGGAGCAGGGUCAGAGAGAGGGUAGGCAGGGCACAGGGCUGUCCAAGAAGUGACUGGUAGGUCCCAACCAGCUACAUCAUGUCUUCUCCCCAUCACCUUUCGAAGGGAGGGAUUCCAGUGUCCCUCUGCCUGCAAGCCUCUCUGUCUCCCCUGUGGCAGCACAUGGGGUGGGUGAGCUUACGUAGCCCAACUAUGUCCACUGUGCCCCCUGAGAAAGUUCCAAAGCCUGCUGUCCUAGGGGGAUGCCUCCUCUGGGAAGCCAGCCCAGUGUGCCUGCAUGUCCAGAUGUCCUGGACUCACUGAUAGGCUCCGAGCCUGGCACCAGAGACCUCACCCAGAUGUGCAGCCCUCAUCCCUCACAAUGCUGGCCGGGUCUCUAGAUUCUAUUCAGGUCAGCAACCCCAGACCCAGUCUGGCCAGGCAGAAUCAGGUCCUAGAGCUGGGGAGGGUAAGGAUGAGAAGGCCCCUGGGUGUUCAACUCUAGGGUGGCAGGAGCUGGGACGUGGGUUCCCUGCCAUUCCCAUUGAGUUCCCCCUGCCUGCAUCAAGCUUAUGUCUGGGAGGUAGACGGAGCAGCUGGUCUUUGUUGUUUUGCAGCUCUCCCCUAGGCGUGUGAAAGACCCACAACUUCUUCUAGUCUUGGCUCAGUCUUACCAGGGCAGAUGGAUGAAGCUCACAUCCUGGUCUACCUAGAAACUAGCUCCCUGUUCUGAAGCUGUGUUGACUGAGCCUUGGACACCCUGAAACUCCAGGCCUGUUCUCUCUUGCAGAUCGACAGCCAGAUGGAGACGUCAUGCCAGAUUGCCUUUGAAUUUGUAGACCAGGAGCAGCUGAAGGAUUCCGUGUGCUACCUAAAGAAGGCUUUCUUUCUGGUGCAAGAUAUCAUGGAGGACACCCUGCGUUUCAAGGAUAGCACACCCAAUGCCAAGGCCAUCCAGGAGCUCCAGGAACUCUCACUGAGGCUCAAAAGCUGCUAUACCCAGGACUAUGAAGAGAACAACAAGGCCUGUGUCCGAACUUUCCAUGAGACCCCACUCUCGUUGCUAGAGAAGAUCAAGAAUGUCUUUAAUGAAACCAAGAAUCUCCUGAAAGAUAACUGGAAUAUUUUCAGCAAGAACUGCAAUAAGAGCUUUGCUAAGUGCUCUAGCCAAGAUGUGGUGACCAAGCCUGAUUGCAACUGCCUGUACCCCAAAGCCACCCCUAGCAGUGACCUGGCCUCCCCUCGUCAGCCCCUUCCCCCCUCCACAGUCCCCAUGGCUGGCUUGACCUCGGGAGACUCUGAGGAGACACAGGGUGGCUCUCUCUUACCUGGUGAGCAGGCCCUUGGAGCAGUGGACCCAGGCAGUGCCAAGCAGCGACCACCCAGGAGCACCUGCCAGAGCCUGGAGUCACCAGAGACCACUGUAGUGGAGGACAGACCCCCAAGCCACUCCUCAAAGCCUGCCACCGGGGACCUCACUCCUGAGGGACAGCUCAUUCUGGACUCUGCCAUGAAGACUCUCUGGGCCCUGGAAGAGGCUUCCGGAGAAGCUGAUGAGGGCCGUGCCCCAGGGCCAGAAGAGAACAGCAUCCAGGCCACCGGGCCAAGCAACCUACUGACAAAAUCCUCAACGCUUCCUGCACCAGCAAAGGAUGAAGAACUGGAGGCAGCAAUGCGCACCUCCCCAGCCAGGCAGGGCUCAGUGGGGUCCACCGACCAGCCUCAGAAUCAUAGCCCUGAGAAGACCCAGCAGCUACCAGCUCUGCCCCCUGUCCGCCAGGAGCCAGUUGCUCCUGGAACCUUGUCACAAGGCCCCCUCAGCUUCAGCAAGCCCUCUGCUCAGCCCUGGCUUCCCAGGAUCCGCCCCUGGGCCGGCCUGCCACUCCGCAGGCAGCUGGAGGUCAGAAGGAGCACCAGGGAUCGGAGGAGUCCCGCGGAGCUGGACGGUGCAGAGCGUGCACGUAAGGGGGCCGCCUGGGCCCCCAGCCAUCUUAACUCCCUUCCUUUGACUGACACAGGCAGUGAACCCACAGGAAGCUCCAAACCCCAGACCCAGGACUUUGCCUUCCAUCUGCUGGUGCCUAGCAUCAUCUUGGUCUUGCUGGCCGUUGGGGGCCUCCUGUUCUACAAGUGGAGGUGGCAGAGCCAUGGAGAGCCUCCAUCCUCAGCAGAAUGUCCCCUGGAGCGGCCUGAAGGCAGCCCCCUAACCCAGGAGGAGGACAGACAGCUGGAACUGUCCGUGUAGAUGGACACUUUUACAGCUGGGCACCCGGGACAGCCUGACCAAGGGAGGAGACGCCAUGGGGCCACUCACCACCACCCCUCCCCAGCCUCCUUCCUGGGAACGUGGCCUGCCCACCGCCAGACCUCCGGCUAACCAGAACCGGACCAAUGCAGCCAGGCUGGGGUCCCUCCGCCUCGACCCUCAGAGCCUCAACCAACCAACCGAGGACAGGAGGAUGCCACUCCCGCCUCCAACCCUGAGCGAGUGCCGGAGGAUGCCCUGCCUCCCACCCCCCGCCACUGACCCUGUGCUCCGCUAUUUAUUGUGGGCCCUGGAGGCUCCCCCGUGCACUUGAGGACAGCUGGCAAGCCCAGCUCGGGACCCUCAUCCCCUUGGGAGCUGCGCCCUCCUCCUCUAGCUUCCUUCCCAUGGCCCUGUGGCCUGGGAAAGCCCAGGACAGGCACGGAAGACAGCAAGAGCCCCGCACCCAUAGGACCUGCCUGGCAUCCAGGGAUCCCCGCAUCGGGGACAGGCAGGGAGCUGCCUCUGGAGAGAAGAGCCUGUGACUCGCAGGGUGGGGCUGAUAUUGGCCUGAUUUUCCCGUCACUCACGGUAUGCAACGCAAGAGACGGGAAGAGGAGGCUACUGGCUGCUGGCUGGGUCGGCCCAAGGGUCUACACCCUCUGCUGACCUCAAUGUCCUUUGCUGGUUGCCAGGCAGAGGGGAGAGGCCACCCCUGCCCUCAGGACCUGCCUGAUCUGGCUCACAAUGCCAUGAAGAGGACUGGGCCCUGGCCUCCACCCUCCUGCCCUGCAACCCCUGCCAGGCCAAGGUUCUGGUCAUGAAGGAAGCCACUGCACUGUGAAUACCCACCCCUGCCUGCUGAUCAGCCUGCCCAGCCGUCCCGCCACCGGCAUCCCUCCGUCCUCCCUCCCACUGCUCCACUUUCUCCCCGGUUUCCGGCACUGAGCUGGCCUCAGCUGCUGACAGAGGGAGCCCUCCUGUCUCCCCCAGGCCCUGACCCUCUCCUGACUUGGCCUUUGACUCCCCCAGGGUGGGGUGGGGCAGGGGAGGGUGGGGAGGACUGCCUGGGCUACCGGCCAGAGCCGGUCUCAAGGCUGUGUUGUUUGUCCAGGUUUCUGCAUCUUGCACUUUGACAUUCCCGAGAGGGAAGUGACUCGGGGAAGGGAGAGAGGGAGGGGAGGACAGAGGCAGAGGGGCCGCCAUGCUGGCCUGGGGUGAGCUCCGACUGAAAUUGGGUCUUUGCAAUACAGGUAUGCUCCUGAGGCUGGGAGAGGGGCCUUCACCCCGGGACCCCAUCCCACCCCAGCCCAGUCUCCUUGCCCUGCUCUCAGCAGGUACCUGGGGCUGAGCAGGCCGUCCUGGCAGGAGUAUCACUCCUGCUCCACCUGCUGGCACUCAGCUCCCUGUCUGUCCUCUUCCUGCUCCUCUUUCUCCCUGACCUGGUUGGCAGUGAUGCCCUCCGACCCUCGCACCCCAUCCCACCUCACCUCUGGCCAGGCAGGGAGCUGCAGGACCAGGACAUGCAGGUGCGUGCUCCCAGCUCUGUUCUGAGGGCCUCCACUUCCUAGCCAGCCUGUGGCUGGGGUCCUGAGACUGGGCAGCAAGGGAGAGGGCUAUGUGCUGGCCCUUAGUCCUUUGGUGCUGGUAUGCCCUUCCUCCCUGGGCCACAGCAGGUCCCCAACUGAGAGACCCUUCUUGGCCACUAUGCUCAGGGGCCUUCCCCGCCUGCCUGAGGAAGUGGGUCUGCUGGCCCCAACCCCUGCCCUAAAGCUGACAGACAGCUGAAAGCAGGGCCUGGAGAACUUUCCCAUAGGGCUCAUCCCUCUCUAGUCACAACUCUAGAUUCCAUAGUAGAAAGAGUGCAUCUAAAAAUGGAAGGAAGGAAAUAAAACAGAAACGAAGAAGGCAUUUCUCUCCCACCCUUCCACCUUCAAUGUAGAAUAUUUUAAGAGU